AGUACAGCUACCGGAAGUGACUUUUUGUAGCAGGUUAGGAGAGCAAUUUAGCUAACUCUAAAACCUAAACAUUUUCCUAACAUUAACCUGUCUCCUAACCUGCUGUGUAAAUUAUUGUAACGUGCUACGAAAACGCUACUUUCGGUCGUAGCUGUACUCAGGUCAGAACCCGUGACCCGGAGAGAAGCAAACACAUGAGGGGAAUAAAAAGGCUUUCAUUUUAGUGUUUUAAUUGAUAAAGACUUUGUCUGACAACAUGGACGACUUCGUCAAAAAUAAGCUUCAGAGCAAUGCCAAGAUUUACACUGAUAAUCUGGAGCGAAUCGUUCAGAAGUAUUCAAAGCUGCAUGACGAUGGGACUGAGGUGAAUCUGGAGGACAUAACACCCAAAGAGGUGAGCCGAUGCAUGUUCAAGUCAGAGUUGGAGCUGUCAAAACUGAGAUUGUCUAAGAGUGAUGCUGGCCUGGCAGAGCUGUCACUAGGAGAUAUUUCAGAAAUACACAGGCCACAUGACACCACUGGAGACUUCAAGAUGGACAUCUCAUACCACCAGGAUGAUGCCAACAAUGAUUGUGUAGAUGAGGGUGCUGUAGAUGCGAGUGCUGUCACUGUCCCCAGGAAUGAUUCUGUUAUGCAGCAGGCUGCAGAGAACAGCCACUGGGUGGAUAAUUCAAAGCUGAAUGGGACUAGAAGUAGCCUGUGGGGGGCGCCAGAGGAGCAGGAUGAGGAGCUGGAGCGCUCUCUGAGCAGUCAACGUAGCACUCUACAGGAGCUGUAUCCCAGCAUGCUCAGUCAGAUAGGAGAGGCCUGGCGGCGCCAGCAUAUGUCCGACGCGGCUGUAGGGGUGCUGAAGAGGUACCACAGACUCAGGUGGUCGUCUAACAGAAACCUCAAUAACCGCACCUUCAACAGCACCCUGAGACCAGCUCACAGAAAGACUGCCCUCAACAAUGGCCAAUCCAUACUCCAAACUUCUCAGAACACCUCUACGAAUGUGAGUAACCCCAAGAGUCCAAAGUUUAACCUCAAAAGGACAACCAGCACCCAUCCUCCUCCACAGACCAAGGUCAACCUCCAGGAGUGGCCAGCAGAGAGCCAGUCACCGAGUAAGGGGACAGAUUCAGGGGACAGACAACCAUCCCGCCCUUUUCUACUGAUGGACUUCUCCUCUUGUCCUUCCUCUGCAGGCUCCAGUCCUGCCUCCUCCCCUGUCUCUGCUCCCUCCUCCGCUCUCUCCUCUUCAGUCUCCUCCCCUCCCUCCUCUGCAGUCUCCUCCGCUCCCUCCUCUGCAGCCUCCUCCCUACAGGAGAGCCCUGAGCCAAAUGAGGCCCCCCUAAACCAAACCUUCACAGUGUCCAUGUCCUCUUCCCCACCCACCAGGGUUAGGUAUACUACCCUUGUCUUCAGUCCUGCCAGAUCUGAAGGCCCCUCCACAGCAGGAGGGUUGAGCAGCCCACCUCUGAGGUGUGCCCGCCCCACAGUCCCCAGUCAGAGGUUUUUCACAGCAGUACGCCCUGUGGUCAGUAUGGACAUGUCUUCAGACACAGAGAGGUCAGUCUACUGCUCCUCAGCAGCACAGAGUCCCUACAGAGACAGACUGCUGAGCUGGGAAGGCCAGCAUGCAUCUCCUAACGCCCACCAUAGAAGCCUCAAGUCAGGCUUUGCUGGAUAUAAUCAGAGAAACAAGGUGAUGGUGGAACCCAGAUCUUCCCCUACAUUUUUACCCUCCUCUUUUCAGAGGCCUCUGAUGUCACCCAGGAAGCUCCACCACCUGGACGCCUGUAGUCCCUCCCAGCAGAAACUCCACUCAUCUCGAUCCCCCCAUCAGGAGUCUACCACUGGGGCAGGUCGGCCAAAGCUCCAGCGACACUAUUCCCUGGACUCAUUCUCCCCAUCCAUCAGUCUCUUAAGGAACUCCACUAAGCAGAUCGAUAAGGACUUCCAGAAGCUCUACCACAAGCUUGUCUGUCAGGGCAAAUCCGUCCCCUCCUGUCGCAUGUGUGAGAGGAGAGCAGAGACCACCAGAGGCCCCUCCUCCUCUGCUCUGGCUGCCCUGGCCCUGUCUCCUCACCACUCUGUCAUGAGGAAGCGUCGCAGGGAGCUGGUCCAGGAACAGUCCCCAGAGUCCAAACGCUUCAGAGACAACUCCUGCGUGUACUCACCAGGAUCCCUUCGCCAGAGGAUAGAAAUGAUCAGGCGCCAAAAUCGCUCAGACAGCAAUUUGUCCUCCAUCCAGAGGGACAUCUCCUGUGACUCCCACACCUGGAGCCCACUCAAGGCCAGCCUGUCUCAGACCCACCACAGCCCCCAUCACCAACACCACUCAUCUGACGCAGCAGUCAAAAAAGCUGCAGGAUCCUGGUCCGGCCUGCAUGUUGAUCAGCCCUCUCCUGCUUGUAGAGGGAAAUACAACCGAUUUGUUGGGAUUCAUCAAGGAAAGUCACCUGUCAAGGCAGAGUGCCAAUGUGGUUGUUCGCCAAGUUUCUCAAGGAGACGGCUUCUGUAUAAAUGAUGUCAACCCACAGAAAGGCUGUUCUGUCCUGCUCCUCUACCUGUGGUUCAUAUGCCUGAAUGUUGAAAAAAAUCUGUUGCUGUUUUAUAUCUCUGCUUUUAAACAGUUGAUGUUCCAAUUACUAAUUACAUUUACGUCAUUUAGCAGACGCUCUUAUCCAGAGCGACUUACAGGAGCAAUUAGGGUUAAGUGCCUUGCU